AUGGAACCCCGCUUGCUUCUCGAGCUCGUCGCUUUUGUCCUUUGCACGGGGCCCAGCGAAGCGAAGACCAACUCCUUGGCCGCCCAGUUCAGCACUCCAGGGGACUUUGUGAUUGGCGGAUUGUUCGCGUUUCACUCCAAGGUGCGGUACAAGGCCAAGGCAGAGAUUCCCACGUGCUACAGCUUCUACACACAUGGCUACCAAAGGCACCUCGCCAUGCGCUUCGCGAUUGACGAAAUCAACAACUCCACCGCCCUGCUGCCCGGCGUCCAGCUUGGCUACGAAAUCCACAACACCUGCGACAACGUGGUCGUGGCUACCAAGCCGGCAGUUGCCUUCCUUUCCAAAUACCCCGGAAACGGUGGCCUUGAAGUCCAGUGCAAUUACAUCGAUUACAAGCCCUACGUCAUUGCCGUCGUGGGUCCAGACAGUUCAGAGCUGAGCGUGGUGCUAUCCCGGCUCUUGAAUUUUCUUUCCAUCCCUCAGAUCAGCCCCACAAGCACCACCGAACAGCUGAGCAACAAAGAACUGUACCCUUCCUUUUUUCGCACCGUCCCCAGCGACAGGCACCAGGUGGAAGCCAUGGUCCAGCUCCUGCGCAAAUUCCACUGGAACUGGGUGGCCGCCUUGGCGUCCGAUGACGAGUACGGCCGCCGGGCCCUGGAGCUCUUUGUGCAGCUGGCCCUUACCAGGGAGACGUGCGUCGCGUACGAAGCCAUCCUCCCGAGCGCCCAGACGCAAAGAGAGAGGUGGAAGCAGCUGAUCACUAUAACCAGCCAAUUGGUGGAAGCCGCCAUCAACACCACGGUGGUCUUUGCGCAACCCAACAGAGUCACGGAGCUGAUGACGGUUGCGGUUGAGAGAGGUGUCACGGGCAAAGUGUGGAUCGCCAGCGAGUGCUGGGCAACCUCAGCUGCCAUUCGACUCAUUCCAAACGUGGCCAGCGUGGGUACCAUUAUUGGGAUGGGGGUGAAAAGCGGGAGAAUGCCUGGCUUCUCAGAGUAUAUACGACGUAUCCUAGUGGGUUCUGAGCAAGACCAGAAUAGCUCUAUCGCCACCGGGCAACACAAACAGUGUCCUGAAUGUGGCAACCUGACCCUUGCCAACCUCUCGACCAUCCUCUAUUACACUAAAAAGUACCAUGCAACGUUCAACACUUACAAAGCCGUCUAUGCCAUCGCUCACGCACUGCACCAGCUGCUCCAGUGCAAUGCUACAAGCCAGAAAUGCAACAUGGAUCGAGAAGUCUACCCUUGGCAGCUGGUGGCAGAAAUAGCCAAAGUCAACUUCACUGUCGAAUCGCAGCCGGUUUAUUUCAAUAAAAAGGGCAAUCCUCCAACAGGCUACAACCUGAUUCUCUGGAGCUGGAAUGCAACCGGUGACUCUGAGCAUGUCUCCAUUGGCAGCUACGAUGCUUUGCUACGUAAGCUCACCGUGAACGAAUCGAAGAUCCAGUGGCACACGAGAGAUAAAAAGGCCCCCACAUCCAGAUGUUCACAGGACUGCAAGCCGAGUCAGAAGAGGCAUCUAAGAGGCGAACACAACUGCUGCUAUCAGUGUGAGGACUGUCCACCAGAUUCCUUCCAGGACAAAAACGAUCCAAGCGAAUGUACCCAGUGUCCCAAACACCAAUGGUUCCUCAAGGAGAACAGUACCUGCCAGGAUAGGAUGAUCGAGUACCUGGAAGUGACCGACCUACUUCCCCUCAUCAUGCUGGCUCUGACUAUGUUGGCCUUGGCCCAGAUGGCCGCCAUCGCCGGCAUUUUCGCCAAGUACAGGAGCACCCCAGUCAUGCGCUAUAUCGGCACCUUCCCUACUUUCCUGAUCAUCCUCUCUUCGGCCGGCCUCUGCGGCAGCUUCUUCUUCUUCACCGUCGAGCCCUCCACCCUGGUCUGCAGGGUGCGGCAGCCUUUCUUCUUCAUCAGCCUCACCGUCAGCUUGGCGACGUUACUCGGGAAGGCGGUGCAAUGCUCGGGGCUCCACCAAUCCCUGAAGAGCGCUUUGCUGAGGAGACAUUCGCUGGCUCUGUGCGUCCUCCUCAACACCGCCGCUCAGAGCCUUCUCUGCGUCUUCUGGUAUCUCUGGGACCCUCCGUCCUUGGAGGAGAACACCGACGUGGAGAAGACCAUCCUGCUGCAAUGCCAAGACGUUUCUUUCCCGGGAUUCGGCCUGCUCCUCGUUUACAGCUAUUGCCUCGCUUUCGUUUGCUGCAUCUGCUCCUUUUGGGGAAGCAGCUCCCAGCAGGCUCAGAGCAGAGCCACCAAAGCCAUCGGCUUCACCGUGGUCUUGAUCCUCAUCAUCUGGACCCUCUUCGUGCCCACCUAUGCCACAUCCCAAGGAAAAUACGUCUCCUUGUUCCAGGUGUUCGCGGGGCUGGCGAGCAUCUUUGCCAUUUUUGGCUCCUGCUAUUACCAGCCGUGCUACGUGGUACUCUUUGCCCCCCAGAUGAAUACCAAUAGCCUCUUCUGCAGCUUGCCUCAGAGUCCUCCUGCUGAGGAGCCCACCACAGGAGAAAUAAAGUAA